UGCCAUUCACUGUGUGGCUUUCCAUGCAUCUGGGAGCCUUUCUGGAUCUCCUGUCACAUGAAGAAAAGGAAGACAGAGGCCUGGGCCUGGAGGGCACUGGCAGAGAUGUCUCUUCUCUGUGUUGCCCUGGGUGGUCUCAGUUUGCCUGGCUCUAGAGGUGAAAGGUUGUGUCCCUUUGAGUCAAGUAAAGUCAACAGGAGCCUUGCUAAGAGCAGACAGACGCGGAGUGUGGAUGUCCCCGUGAUGCCUAUUGAUUGUGAACUGUCCAGCUGGUCCUCUUGGACUGCCUGUGACCCCUGUCAGAAAAAAAGGUACAGGCAUGCCUAUCUCCUCCAGCCUGCUCAGUUCCAUGGGGAGCCGUGCGACUUCUCUGACAAGGAAGUUGAAGACUGUGUUACCAGCAGACCAUGCAGAAGUCAAGUGCGAUGCGAGGGCUUUGUGUGUGCACAGACUGGGAGGUGUGUCAACCGCAGACUUCUUUGCAAUGGGGACAAUGACUGUGGAGACCAGUCAGAUGAGGCAAACUGUAGAAGGAUUUAUAAAAAAUGUCAGCACAAAAUGGAACAAUAUUGGGCGAUUGGCAGUCUGGCCAGUGGGAUAAAUUUGUUCACCAACAGUUUGGAGGGCCCAGUUCUUGAUCACAGGUAUUACGCUGGUGGAUGCACCCCACAUUAUAUUCUGAACACCAAUUUUAGGAAGCCCUACAACGUGGAAAGCUUCACCCCCCAGACUCAAGGAAAAUAUGAAUUUGCACUAACUGAAUAUGAAUCAUACUCAGAUUUUGAGCACAAUGUCACAGAGAAAUCUACUGCAAAAUCUUCUUUCAGCCUUGGUUUUAAAAUACCUAAAGUAGUUGAACUUAACAUUAAUGAGCAAAGCAAUCAAGGCAAACAUUAUAUUAGCAGAAUCAAACAAUUUUCUCAUACGAAAAGUAAGUUUCUGCACGCACGCGCUGACCUUGAAGGAGCACAUUACAAGCUGAAAUCCAGAAACCUCAUGCUCCAUCAUGAAUUCCUUCAGCGAGUCAAGCUCCUGCCCCUGGAGUACAGCUACGGGGAAUACAGAGACCUCUUCCGCGAUUUUGGGACCCACUACAUCACAGAGGCCGUGCUCGGGGGCAUUUACGAAUACACGCUCAUUCUGAACCAAGAGGCCAUGGAGAGAGCAGAUUUUUCUCUUAAUGAUGUCCAUGACUGUGCCAAAGAAGAUUUCCAGUUUGGUGUAACCAUCAAAAAAGUCGACGUGAAACUGGGUAUAUCAGAAAAUAAAUGCAACAGGAUUCUGAAUGAAAUCAAAGAUAGAAACAAGAGGAACACCAUGGUGGAGGACUUGGUGGUCCUUGUACAAGGAGGAGCAAGUGAGUACAUCACCACCCUGGCCUACAAGGAGUUGCCGACAGCCGACCUGAUGCAGGAGUGGGGAGACGCCAUGCAGUACAACCCAGCCAUCACAAAAAUCAAGGCAGAGCCUCUGUAUGAGCUGGUGACUGCCACGGAUUUUGCCUAUUCCAGCACAGUGAGGCAGAACAUGAAGCAGGCUCUAGAGGAGUUCCAGAGGGAAGUCAGCUCCUGCCACUGUGCUCCCUGCCAAGGGAAUGGAGUCCCUGUCCUGAAAGGUUCGCGCUGUGACUGCAUCUGCCCUCUGGGUUUCCAAGGCCCCGCCUGUGAGGUCACCUCUGGGGAAGACAUCCCCAUUGAUGGGAAGUGGAGUUGCUGGUCCCAGUGGUCUCCGUGCUCUGGAGGACAUAAAACCAGACAAAGGCAGUGUAACAAUCCACUUCCUCAGAAUGGGGGCAGCCCCUGCUCAGGCCCAGCUUCCGAAACACUCAGGUGUUAGGGGAGGGAGCGCUUCCAGCAGGUGGCCCAGCUGUGGGCUUCCCACGGGGUGAGCUCUGGACCUCAAGAUGCAAGCACUCACCCCACACCAGCUCCCACCAGGCCUGACUGAGGGCAGAAGGAAGGGCCACCCGGGCCUUAGGGUACAAAGUUGAUUUGUGAAAUGUAUUUAUGGAUUUGAAUAAAGAGUGAGUUUAAACCAAAGUCACCGCUCCCUGAAGAAGUAAAGCCUCCUUGAAAUCUCA